GCAGUGAGGGAGAGAAUAUAAGCAAUUAAGGCUGAUAGGGGAUUUCACUUGGAUGAGCGCCCUGAGAGAGAAUGGAGCAAGAGAGAAGAGACGCACUCAUUUAUACGUGAGGGAGAUAUUAAAGGGAGAGAUGAUGAUAAGAAGAAGAUUAUGAAAUUUUUACUGGAUUCAGACGUGAAAGAGCACAUUUCCAUCCUUCCAAUUGUUGGUAUUGGCGGGCUUGGAAAAACGGCUCUUGUUCAAUGUGUAUAUAAUGAUGAGACGGUCAGCAAACAAUUUGACUUGCAAAUGUGGGUUUGUGUCUCUAAUGACUUCGACGUUAAAAAAAUAGUGAAAAAUAUGAUAGAUUGUAUAAAGAAGAAAGAACCAAAUGAGGUUGUGGUGGAACAGUUGCAAAGUGAACUGAGGGCAAAAAUUGGUGGAAAGAGAUCUUAUAGUUUUAGAUGAUUUGUGGAGUGUAGAACGAGAAACAUGGCUAAGCUUGAAAACUUUAUUGGCUGGAGGUGCUAGAGGAAGCAAGAUACUUAUAACUACUCGUCUUUCUUUGGUUGCGGAGAUCACUGGCACUGCUUCGCCUCAUUUUCUCGGCGGCUUAUCUGAAAGUGUGUCUCUUGAUUUAUUAAUGCAAAUGGCUUGUCGAAAAGAAGAGCAGAUGCAGGAUCCUGACAUGCUAGCUAUUGGCAAAGAGAUAGUUAGAAAGUGUUCUGGGGUUCCAUUGGUUGUUCGAACCGUUGGGAGUUUACUAUUCUUUAAGAAAACUAAACCCGAAUGGUUACAUUUCAAAGAUAAUGAGCUCCUAGAAGUGUCUCAAAGGGAAGACCGCAUAGUAUUUGUUCUUAGGCUAAGUUAUGACCAUCUUCCUUCACAUUUGAAACAAUGUUUUGCACUAUGUUCAUUGUUUCCCAAAGAUUAUAGGAUAAAGAAGCAGACUUUGAUCAAUCUUUGGGUGGCAGAAGGAUUUAUCCAGCCAUUGAAUAGAAGUCGGCAUUUAGAAGACAUUGCUCAUGGGUAUUUCGUGGAUCUACUUUCAAGUAACUUCUUCCAAGAUUAUGAAAAAGACAUAGAGACUUGCAAGAUGCAUGAUAUGAUACAUGAUCUAGCUGGCUUAGUUGCAGGGACUGAGUGUUGGGUGGCAUGGGAAGACACAAAAUCCAUACUUGAAAGAACUCGUCAUAUAUCUCAUGGUUUGACUUCCAAUUUGAUGCGUGAACUUCCAAUCUCACGUUUGAAAGCAAGUUCACUGAGAACAUUUCUUUCUGCUAUGCCCGAACCUACAUAUGGGGAAAUGGAACAAAGAGAACCAACAAGCGAAGUAGAUCUACGCCAACUCAUUCAAAGUUUCAAGAGCUUGCGCAUCUUGGAUCUACAUGCCACGAAUAUCAAGAACGUGCCGAGGUCCAUUUGUAAGUUGAAGCAUCUCACGUAUCUCGAUUUCUCUCACAAUAAUGCACUCAAAAGGCUUCCUAACUCCAUUACAAGAUUGCAAAAUUUGCAAACACUUAAUCUCUAUAGUUGUUCUGCCCUUGAAGAAUUGCCAAGGGGUAUAAGGAAGUUAGUCAGCCUUCGAAAUCUAGACAUAAAUGAAUGUUGGAAACUUAGUUAUGUGCCACAUGGACUAGGGCAAUUAAGUUCUUUGCAUAGACUAACACGCUUCAUUUUGCCCAAAGAUAAAGCUCUUCAUUGCCGACUUGGGGAGCUAAAUGGGCUUAAUAACAUUGGGGGAACCAUUACGAUUGAAAAUUUGGGACACGUGACGAAUGCAAUACAAGAAUCCAAGGCUGCAAACUUAAUAGGGAAGCAUUCUUUAGAAUCUUUGGAACUUCGAUGGGGCUAUCUUGAUACUGAAGAUGAAGUAAUCGGGGAUAGAGAUGAAGCUCUAUUAGAUGGACUGAUGCCGCACUCAAACCUACAGAACUUGAAGAUAAAUGGAUAUAAAGGUAAGAGCUUUCCGAGGUGGAUGAUGGAUAGCCUUGUGUUUUCCUUGCCAAAUUUAGUUGAGGUACACUUGCAGCAAUGCGGAAGAUGUAAAUAUCUCCCUCAAUUGGGCCAACUACCUCACCUCAAGUCUUUAAGUAUUUGGGGGCUGGAUGAAUUGGAAUACUUCGAGCCAGACCAUUCAUUCAUCACAACACCAUUUCCUGGUUUAUUAAGAUUACAUAUCGGUUACUGCAAAAACUUGAAAGCCAUGCCACUAACUCCACAUCUUGAGGAGUUAAUGCUGAGUAAGGUCAACCUAGAGUUGAUAAAUCAGAUAUUUGGCCUUAAUAAGUUGAAGAGUCUGGAUAUCUCAGAGAUGGAUUUUCUAGAAUGUUUGCCCGAGAAGUGUUUCCAAAGUCUUACUUCACUUGAAGAUCUUAGCAUCAGUUGUUGUCAUCGGUUAACUUCCCUCUCACUUGGUAUGCAACAUCUAACGAACCUGUUGAAUGUCUCUUUUUUGUAUUGUGAGGAGCUUAAUUUAUCCAAAAACGAAAGCGAUAACAUCUUGGAUUUACAAGGAUUGAAGAGUCUCCAGUGCUUAAAUUUGAAGGCUUUACCAGAGCAGAUCGAGGCUCUUCAAUCACUUCAACAGCUUGAAAUCAUCCGGUGCCCGUUGUUGACAUCAUUACCUGAAGGGAUGCGAAGGAUUGCAUCCCUUAGUCACCUAAGAAUUGCAGCUUGCCCAGAUUUGGAAGAGCGGUGCAAAAAAGAUGCAGGUGAGGACUGGUACAAGAUUGCUCAUAUCCCGCACAUAAUUCAUGAGCUCGAAUAUUACGAUGAUCUCUUAUGAUUAGAAAUUCUCCACUUAUCUUUUUGUAGGUAUGUGGUCCUUUUUUCUCAGAAUUUACAUGAAUAAUUUCUUUUGAAUUGUGUUUCGAUACUUGAUUCAAUUGGGAAAAACAUCACCGAAUGGUUUGGACACAUCCUUGGACGCAAGUAUUUACACGGUGAGGAAAUAUCCACGUUGUUCCUUCAUAUGGCCCCCAAUGGGAUGCCCCUAAACUAAGUGCUCGAUUUAUCCAAAAGUGUGAGGAAAACAAAGAAAACUCAUGCUCCUUCUCUACCAACUCCGAGCUCUUAAAUUUGGCUCGGGAAUCAUGCCAUAGAUAUAGUGUGAACUCUACUUAUUUGAUUUCACAAGGAGUACAAUGCAUGCAUAGUCCCAUGAUUGUGGAA